UCUAUCUUUUCUUAUGUUUACAAGUGUUUAUAAAUAAUAUAAGAUUGUGUGCAUAUAUAAAACAUAAAGUGUGAAGUAAAUGUUUUGUUAGCAUUUGAGUUGAAGUAUAACAAGAUGAAACAAAUAUUUUUCACAGUUUUUCUCUUGAUUGUUUUGGCAAAUCAGGGCGACAGCUUGUACUGUUACAGAUGUAACAGUAAUCAUCCCGGAUGUGGAACACCUUUAAAUUGGUUAUGGUAUUGGGGAGAAACUUGUCCAGAAUAUGACGACAAAUGUGUAAAGAUAAUCGAACGAAAAGGAGCGGAAACAAUUAUUACCCGUGAAUGCUUAAGCUCUGUACGUAGCUUCAGGACGGAUAUUCCUGCGGAUCAUUAUGAAGGCUGCAGACCUGCUGCUAAAGACGUGCGAUUAGGCCAUUAUGUCAAUAACAGUAUUCAUCAGUUGGAUAUUCAUCGUGAUUAUUAUGACGAAGUUACAUGGUGCUUUUGUUACUUUGAUCAUAGAUGUAACAGUGCGGAGGUUAUGACUGUUUCAAUAUUGCUUAUAACUUUAGAAAUUGCUUUACAGUAUUUUAUAUCUUGAGACUGUUAUACAUAUACAUUUUACAGACAAUUUUUAGGAGGGAUAGGAAGGUAGAUAUAAAGUGUUUAUUGACAUUCUUAUGUACGAGCAAUACUAAAUUAAGAUAAAACAAAGAGUAAUUUAUCAAAGAAAAAAAAAGGAAACAAAAACAAAAA